CCCUCCUCACUCUGCCGCCCGCCCGCGCUCGCUCUCUCGCUCUCUCGCUCUCUGGCUGGCUCGCUGGCUGGGCGCUCCACAACAGCCGCCGGGAUUGCAGGGCUGAGCGCGCCUCCGUCCGCCUCCCGCACGCCUGCCGGGGCUCCCCUGGCCGGCGCCCCCUCCCCGCCCCGCCCCUCCCCCAGUCUGGAGUCCCCUCCCCCUCACUUCCCUCACUCUCUCCCCACGCGCGCCGCGGGACCGACUCGGAGCCUCCGAAAGCCUAGCCCGAGAGCAAGAGAAGCGGCCGAGCCCCAGCCCUCCCUCCUUUCUCCUCCUCCGUCUUCCUCCUUCUCCUCCUCCUUCCUCCUCCUCCUCCUCCUCAGUCUCUCCUCUCUCCUCCCUGCUCCUUCUGGUCAGCCCAGUCCGUGGGUCUCCCACUCGCUUGGCUGGUGGAUCCCCGCAGCAGCCACCACCUCCACCGCGGUCUCCUCCAGGAUGCCCGGGACCGGGCCGCCAGCCGCGGGGCGCCUGCCACUCUCACUAUUGCUGGUCCUUCUGCUGGGGAGCCAGGCGGCUCAGCUAGGAGAUGUUUACCCAGAAGGAAGGGUCGGGCCCUCUAGCCUACACCACCUGCACCCUCAAGAACUGGCAAAUAACAAGAUCAGUAAGGAGAAUGCUGAAGGCAAAGUAAGUGCCUCUCCAAGUGCAGCCCAGCCUGGGGAAGAAGGUGCAGAGCUGGAGUUUGAGGGAACGGCUCCAGCUCACCUAGAAAACCUGCCCGUAUCAACAGCUCUUACAGAAGCCAGUGGGAAGCAUGCCUUUCCACCAAGGAAGAAACCCCCCUCUCUCAAACAAGUGAACACCGCAAGGAAGCAUUUGAGGCCAAAGACUACUCCUUCCAUGCUACAGAGAACAGCUUCCCAGCCUGCCCCUUCCAGUCCAGGCUUUUUCUUCUUUACAGAAAAACCCCAUGCACAGGGGGAUCUAGCCUCUGGCACCCUGGAGGGAAAACAUGGGACAGCCGAGCAGCCCUCCUGGUUGGGCCGGAAAGGAGGUGGUGGCCCCACCACCCCAGCCCCCUUGGAGAUCUCCGCCUAUACCUCCCUCCCACUCCUGGAACACACCUUACUGCAAAGUCCAGAUGAGGCCGAGGCAUCCAUUCCCACAGCUCAGGACUCUCCGCUAGAGGAUGGAGCCAGUUCCGUUCCUCUGAAGGAGAAGAUGGUGGAGAAUGAUCUGACCAGCUCAGCCUCAGAGGAGAGCCAAGAGACAACCACUUCCACCAUCAUUACAACCACAGUCAUCACCACAGAGCAGGCUCCAGCUCUCUGCAGCGUCACCUUCUCCGAUCCCGAGGGCUACAUAGAUUCCAACGACUACGCCCCACUGCCCCUGCACAGCUUCCUGGAGUGUACCUACAAUGUGACUGUCUACACUGGCUAUGGAGUGGAGCUCCAGGUGAAGAGUGUGAACCUGUCUGAAGGAGAGCUGCUCUCCAUCCGAGGAGUGGAUGGCCCCAACCUGGUGGUCUUAGCCAACCAGACCCUCUUGGUUGAGGGACAGGUGAUCCGAAGUCUCACCAAUACCAUUUCUGUCUACUUCCGAACAUUCCAGGAUGAUGGGAUUGGAACUUUCCAGCUUCACUACCAGGCCUUCAUGCUGAGUUGCAGCUUCCCCCGGAGGCCCGCUUUUGGAGAUGUCACAGUGAUGGACCUGCAUGCGGGUGGCCUUGCUCAUUUCCACUGCUAUCUGGGGUAUGAACUGCAAGGCGCCAAGAUCCUGACUUGCAUCAAUGCCUCCAAACCUCACUGGAGCAGCCAGGAGCCCAUCUGCUCAGCUCCCUGUGGAGGGAUUGUCCACAACGCCACGAUUGGCAGAGUUCUCUCACCCAGCUACCCUGGGAACACCAAUGGGAGUCACGUCUGUGUGUGGACCAUCGAGGCACCAGAAGGCCAGAAACUACAUCUCCACUUUGAGAGGCUCUCAUUGAGUGAGAAGGACAGGAUGGUUGUCUAUAGUGGCAGGACCAACAAGUCGACUGUCCUCUACGAUUCCUUCCAAACGGAGAAUGUUCCCUUCGAAGGUCUGCUGAGUGAAGGCUCUGCCAUCCGGAUCUACUUCAUGGCUGAAGAGGCCAGGGCCACCACAGUCUUCAACAUUCGAUUUGAAGCUUUUGAGAAAGGCCACUGCUAUGAGCCCUAUAUCCAAAAUGGCAACUUCACAACCUCAGACCCAACCUACAACAUUGGAACCACGGUGGAAUUCACCUGUGACCCUGGUCACUCUCUGGAGCAGGGACCUGCCAUCAUUGAGUGCAUCAAUGUCCGGGACCCUUACUGGAAUGAUACGGAGCCCUUGUGCAGAGCCGUGUGCGGUGGGGAGCUGUCUGCAGUCACUGGAGUUGUGCUUUCCCCAAACUGGCCUGAGCCCUAUGCUGAGGGAGAGGACUGCAUCUGGAAGAUUCACGUAGGAGAGGAAAAGAGGAUUUUCCUGGAUAUUCAAUUCUUAAACCUGAGCAACAGUGACAUCCUGACCAUCUACGAUGGGGAUGAGGUCAUGUCCCAUAUCCUCGGGCAGUACCUGGGCAAUAGUGGACCUCAGAAGCUCUACUCCUCUAGCCCAGACCUCACCAUCCAGUUCCACUCGGAUCCCGCCGGCCUCAUCUUUGGAAAGGGCCAAGGGUUUGUCAUGAGCUACAUAGAGGUGUCAAGGAAUGACUCCUGCUCAGAUCUGCCUGAGAUUCAGAAUGGCUGGAAAACCACAUCUCACACAGAGCUGGUGAGAGGGGCGAAGAUCACCUACCAAUGUGACCCUGGCUAUGAUAUCGUGGGCAGUGAUACCCUUACUUGCCAGUGGGACCUGACAUGGAGCAGUGAUCCACCAUUUUGUGAGAAAAUUAUGUACUGCACGGACCCUGGAGAAGUGGACCAUUCAACUCGUUUGAUUUCGGAUCCUGUGCUCCUUGUUGGAACAACCAUCCAAUACACGUGCAACGCCGGCUUUGUUCUUGAAGGAAGUUCCCUCCUGACCUGCUACAGCCGAGAGACAGGAACACCCAUCUGGACAUCCCGCCUUCCGCACUGUGUCUCUGAAGAGACUCUUGCAUGUGACAACCCAGGGCUGCCUGAAAAUGGCUACCAGAUACUAUACAAGCGGCUCUACCUGCCAGGUGAAUCUCUCACAUUCAUGUGCUAUGAAGGUUUCGAGCUGAUGGGAGAAGUGACUAUCAAAUGCAUCUUGGGUCAGCCUUCCCACUGGAGUGGACCACUACCUGUCUGUAAAGUUAAUCAAGACAGCUUCGAGCACGCUUUAGAAGUAGCAGAAGCGGCAGCAGAGACCUCCCUGGAAGGGGGAAACAUGGCAUUGGCCAUCUUCAUCCCAGUGCUCAUCAUUUCCCUACUGCUGGGUGGGGCCUACAUCUACAUCACCAGGUGUCGAUAUUACUCCAACUUGCGCCUGCCUCUAAUGUACUCUCACCCAUACAGCCAGAUCACAGUGGAGACGGAGUUUGACAACCCAAUUUACGAAACAGGGGAAACAAGAGAAUACGAAGUUUCAAUAUAAAGACAGUUCUGCUCAAGAUGUGACCUUCAAGAUGUGAAUGACAAUAGGACUUCCUCAGUAACUCAUCCAGAGACCACACGGCAUUCGAUUGAAACCCUGGCUCUUCCAUUGUCUUUCCUUUAGACUCCUUAUUGAAGAUUUCCUGUUUUCUUCACUGUAUUUAUUAUAUUUAAAUGGAAAUAGGUGUGCACGGCUGUUUGGGGUGGCUGUCCAGGCCAGGAACUUGGCACAGUUUCAGUCCCAAGGGCAGGUGUGUCUGUAUGUUUGGUCAUUCAGGUUAAAGGGAGGAAGAUGGGCCAUGAUCUGCUGGUGAAGUCUCUUUGGAUGAUGGUACAAAGGAAAAUGGUGCAUUGGCAAGGUUGCUGUGAUGUCCAGACUUAGGGCUACCAGGGGUGAGGCUUUGAAGGUUUGGGGGGAGGGGAGGUAUCUCUAGGCAGCUAGAGAUAUUAAAGGCCAGGUGGCUCAGGCUCCACAGGACCAUGGGGCUUGGAGAUGACCCAGGGACUUUGGCCAGUUUGAUCUCAAAUGUGAUGCUAUGCCUUCAUGCUCUCAUCCUUUAGGUUUUAAUGACGCUUUGUAGAGGGGUACCAAGUCUUGCCAGUCCCCAUUCAAUUCUUGCCACCUCCCUCCCUCCUUUAGGAGAUAUCCAAGCAGCAAAAGCUAUCAUCCUCAUCGUCCAACUUUUUCUGCUUUACUUGCUCAUAUCAUUGGCUGUUUGUGAGGGUAGCUGCUUAUUUUCAAGGUCUCUGAAGUCAGAGAUAUCUUCUCUCUCCAGCUUCAUCCUUGACUCAGGAAACUGGCACAAGAGAGGGUCAGUGACUUCUAUAGGUCUCAGCAGGAAGAAGGGACAGAGGAAACCUGAAUUCAGGCUCACAAGUUGCCUCUGUAUCUUCUUUUUCUGAUACCUGCUCAGUAAUGACAAAGAGAAGUAUGAUGUUUGUUAUAGCUUCCAGAAAUUAGUAUGCAUGUAGGCAGCAGGGUCUUUCCAACUCUGCUUGCCUAGGAUCCCUGGGGGAUGCUUAGUUUUCUUUUCUCAUAUUUCAAAAACGAUGUCAAUCUAUGGAUUUCAAUUAGGGGGAAGGUAUCUUGAGCUGAAAGGUUAGCUGAAUUGUGCCUGACCCCUCCCCAGUCCCCCCCUGCCAUAUAUUCCCCACUUUGAUUCUCCUUCCCAAAUAGGGAAUUCAAUCAAUCAACAAACAUUUUUAUAAAGCACUUACUAUGUGCAGGGCACCUAGGUGAUGGAGACACAACUAUAGAGAAUGAAACAAUCCCUGCCUUCAAGGAACUUGCAUUCCACUGAGGGAGGAUAGACUGGAUCAAUCCAUUAGCAAGUGUUUAAAAAGCAACUACUAUGUGCCAACACUGUGAGAAAUGCUAGAGAUACAGAGAUAAAAAUAUAACAGCCCUUGCCCUCAAGAAGCUUAUAGUCUAUCAGGGGAGACAAUAUAUAGAUACAGAGACAGGUGCAGGGUAUAUCCAAAGCAGACAGCAAGCAACAUGGAUGGGAAGGCACUGACCAGAAGGAGCUUCCCCAACCAGAUUUUUGAAAAGCACGUUUCUAAAGCUGCAGUCCUUGUUUCUCUGAAGGCCUAAAAGGAGGUGGGGCAGGGAGUUAUAAAGAGAGGACAAUAAAGGGCAGAACUGAAGCCAGGUAUAUGUCUUUCCUUUAUGGGUAUUAUAGUGUAUGAGGCAGAAGGUGAAACCUUGAUCAACUAUCAGAGACUCUAGUGAGACUGAGAAUGUAAUGUGGUGUAAGCAACCAGCUGAAUGUCUCCCAGGUGAGACAUAGACAUCUCCUGGUACAUAUUGAUCUACUGUGGCUUAGGGACCCCAGUAGUCAAAGUGACAAUGAAUCCACCUACCAUCUCUCUGCAUUUUCUCCCUUUUUCUUCUCAAUGCUUCUUAGGUUGAUCACUGACAUAGUGUCAUCUACCUGCAUUGUCCUCCUCUCCCCUUUGGUAUAUCAGAGUAAUGGGAAGAACGCAGAAAGAAUUGCGACUUAGUGUGUAGGGGAGACCUGGGGUGAAGGGAAGAAAGGCAUCUCUCUAGGAUUUCAAUCAAGCUGGCAGUAUUCAUUGCUCUGAACAACAGUUGAGAGAAGGAAAGAAACUUCAGAACUCAGAGACUAGGUAGUCAUCUUCUGGCAAUCAGAGCAGCCACAAAUCCCCUUUGGCCACAUAGUACCAGGGCCUUUUUACUGUUCCCCUGUUCCAAACACAUCAGAUGGCUACAUGUGAUAGAAACCAGGCCAAUGUGGAACUUCUUCCCCUCUGGGGGUUGUCAUUCAAAUCCACUGGAGGUGCAGUGGAGGGUGGGGGGUGGGAUGAAGGGAUGGAGAAGCCCUAUGCUAAAGCCAUUGUUUUCCUCCCAUCCCUAACCUAGUGCAUACCCAGAUCAGUGGGAACUAUGGUUACAACUCCCACAUGAUGUCCCAAGGCACAUGGCCCCAGGUCAGGGCAUAAGAUUUAGGUAGAGCUGGGAGCUUUAGUCAUCCUCUGCCUCAGAAUCUAAGAAUUCCAGAGUAGAAAAGGAUCUCAGUGAUCAUUUAGCCCAAUCUAUACCUGUCCAAGAAUGCUCUCUAUAAUACCUCCAGUAAUUCCUUGAAAACUCCCAAUGAGAAGGAACCCAUUGCUUCUCAAAGUAGUUGGUCUCCAUUUUGGAUAACUCAUUAUUAGGAAAUAUUCUCUCGCCUCCAGCUUAAAUUUACCUCUUUCCAACUUUCCCCACCAUUGUUUCUAGUUCUGCUCUCUGGGACCAAGCAGAAACAAUUCUCCCUUGCAACAGCAUCAAGAUUGUUUACUACCAGCUGACUCACAGUGUUAAAAGCACCUCUUUUCAUAUGUACUUCCACUUGGGAAUCUCAGUUGACAGAUUAAAAUAUUUUCAAAUGAAUGGGAUGAUAGGCUUGUUGCUUCCUCUCUGGAAAUGUAGACUUAUUUCUGAAUGGUCUGAGGCUCAAGCCUGCCCCUUUGUGGUGGAAAGCCAUUCCAUGCCCAUGCCAACUUCCCCUAUAACUAUCAGAGAGAAACCCAAGAUUUACUACCAAGGUCAGAUGUGAGAUCCGUGUUUUUGAUGGCAUUUCCCAUCCCCUUAAAUAUAGUCCAAAUGCUUCUUGGAGAUGAAUGGCUGGUGGGAUGUUUGGGGAAGUGAAGGCCAACUGUAAAGGAAAUUCAAUGGGUUUUUUUUAGAGGCAAAAUUCAGUCUUUUAUUUAUAUUUGAUGCUUCAUCUAAUCCUAUGCCAACUGAAAUAAUGGCACUCUAUUAAUAUUCCAUGAUUCUGAAACAGUGUGGAAAAACUAAAUAUUUUCCUCCCAUAAAGUCUUAACUCUAACCCUGCCCCCCUAAAGGGAUCCAGGUUGGGAUGGACCUGCGCAUUCCAAGCAAUGUUCUGAUGGGUGGAAAAGCUGAUGGUAUUUUUGGGGGGGAUGCCUAUGUCUUUUUUUUUCCAGUCUUCCUAAUGCAGCAUCUGUAACCAUGAUGUUUUUUAAAUCUGUUCUAGUGUAGAGAGAGGUAGUGUGGAUCCCUGCAAUGUAAAAUACUUUGAAGAAGAUAGCUUUUUUCUUUUUCACAUGUCUGUGUAUUUUUACUUUGUAAAGGCAAAACAAACAAAAAAAAACAGUGCCAAAAAUGUACCAGGCAUGUCAUUUCAGUUCAUAUAUGUCUGUUUUUAUAAGAAUAAUACUAAAAUCAUUGGGAUUAAAAAUCUUUGGACAUGAUAUUUACUUGGAGGAAUUUGAGAACUGAGGGGACCUUUCUACCAACCAUACCAUAUGUUUAAACAGCUGAAACUAAGUUUACAAAGAUUGGAGCUUUAGAAAAAUGUUGACUCAAGCUUAUCUGUCACCAGAUCUCCAUCACUUAGAAAUUUGCCUGCUUGGCACUCCCCACUUUGAGUUCAUGGUAAUGUUGAAUCAACAUAUUAGCAUGCUUUUUUCUCCCAGCUACCUAUGAUUUCACUGGAAUUAGGAGCUCCCAAUAAGGAAAUCUCCUCUCCCAAUAUGGAUCACCCACCACUUUGCAUCUUAAAGGCUUAGAGUAUUGCUUGGGACAGAGUAAGGUUAAGAGACUUGCCCGGGAUCACACACCUGUUAGAGAUCACCAGCAGAACCUGAACCUGCAUCUUCCCAACUCCAAGGUGAUCUCUCCAUCCACAGUGCUGUGUGGCCAUACAAUAUGGAUAUUCUGAUAGAAGCUAGAUGGAUAAUGGUACGAUACCUUGGAAGGAGCCCUGGAUCUGGGAUUAGAGGAGUUGGGUCUGAAUACAGUAAGACACUAGACAAGUCACUUCUUAUCUCUGGGGCUCAGUUUUCUCAUCUGCAAAAUGAUGAAUGGUUGGACUCAGUGAUCUCCAAGGUCCAUUAUAUCUCUGAAUCUAUGGCAUUUGUUUACAUAUGUACCUACCUAUUCCUGGACAGCUCCUUAAGGCUAUAAGUUGCAGAGCAGAUGCCUCUCCACAUUGGCUAAGAGUUCCUCGCUGGGAAUUCCCUACACUGAUGAAAUCAUAUAAAUGUACCUAUGUGUAUAUGUCUACACUUGCUACAAAUAUUCAUUCUUUUGUAUCAGUCUGAAGGCAAAGAAAUCCCAGGUGAUUCUUUGAAGUAUCCGAUCGACAGCUUUGGACGCCUCCUAACAACCUGAAAGAUCCAUUUUGCAGAGUGAUCAGGAUGCCCUGUGGAAUGCUAUGGCUGAAGUUUGCAGAGAGAUGACUCGCUCCUUCCUGAACACCACUCCAUAGGACACAAAGAACAGAUUGGCUGGAGAUGAGUGACUCCCAGUAUUUCAUGGUGGACAAUAUCUUCUCAGGAAUGACUGAGCCAGGUUUUGCCCCAUGGAUUUUCAUCUUCCUUUUCUUCUCCAAAUGAAUGUGCUCUAGAUUUUUAAAUCCGGAUUUGGGCCUCUAGAAUUGGUACCUUAGAACUUUAAAAUGAGGAGACUGGGCAAUUGUUUCCACAUCUGUUAAGUGAGGGUGCAGGACUCAGAUCCUGUGUCAGUCCUCCGUCAGUAAUUUCCCAUAUAAUCUUUUCAGAAAAGUCCUGAAUAAAAUGAUAAUAUUCUA